CGGCCGGAUGUGCCCAGACGGGAGCUCCGGGCGGCCCCUCCCCUCAUCGUUCCCACCCCCCACGCGUCCUGCAGAGCUGCUUCCGGCUCUCGUCAGCCUCAGCCCUCAGGGCCUCGCUAACGGUCCUCGGGGUCGGUUGCUUCCGAGUGGGGGGGAAGCAGUGACAUUCGAGGAUGUGGCUCUGCAUUUCACAAGGAAGGAAUGGACACAUCUGGACCCCAGUCAGAAGGCUCUCUACAGGGAUGUGAUGCUGGAGAAUUAUGGGAACAUGGUCUGGCUGGGAUUUCCAGUUUCCAAACCUGACCUGAUUCACCAGCUGGAGCAAGGAGAAGAGCUAUGGGCCUUGGAUCUGCAAGGAUCUGAGGAUAGAGAGGAGACCCUGAGAACCUCCUGUACAGACUAUGAAAGAGAAACUGAGAAUAUGUGGUCAUAUGGAAAAGAGGAAGCUUCAGAAGAUGUACAAUUGCACAGUCUAUUGCGUGGAAGGAUGGCAGAAUUAUUCUUAAUGGAUGUUCCUCAGAAACAUAAUUUUGGAGAGAUUUGUGGAUCUGACAGGUUAGGAAAUCAUCAGGGAAACUCUGCUAGGAUGAUUCUGAGGGAAUCCCUUUCCCAAAAAAAGCAGUUCAGACCAGUAAAUAUGAUCCGCAAGAAAACGGCUAAUGGAGAGAGAGCCCAGGAAUACAAAGAAUUUGCGAGAAACUCUGGCCUAACUCCAAACCAUAUCCCACAUCAGAGAGAUGUUAUAGGAGAAAGAGCCCAUAAAUGUUAUGCUUGUGCCAAAAGCUUCAAGUAUAAUUCUGACCUUGUUCUACAUCAGAGAAUUCAUACUGGUGAGAAACCCUAUAGAUGUGAUGUUUGUGGGAAAGGUUUCAGUCGGAGCUCACAACUUAUUCGACAUCAGAGGACUCACACUGGAGAGAAACCCUAUAAAUGUACUGAAUGUUGGAAAGCCUUUAGUCAAAGUUCAACUCUUAUUCGACAUCAACGAAUUCAUACAGGUGAGAAACCUUAUACAUGUAAUGAAUGUGGGAAAGGCUUCAGUUGGAGCUCAAGACUUAAUCAACAUCAGAGCAUUCAUACUAGAGAAAAUCUCUAUGGGUGUGAUGAAUGUGGGAAAGCUUUCAGUCGGAGCUCACAUCUUAUUCAACACCAGAGAAUUCACACUGGAGAGAAACCUUAUGAAUGUAAUGAAUGUGGUAGAGCCUUUAGUCGGAGCUCACACCUAAUCCAACACCAGAGAAUUCACACUGGUGAGAAGCCCUAUAAUUGUAAAGAAUGUAGUAAAGCCUUUAGUCAGAGAGCCAACCUUAUCAAACAUCAGAUAAUUCACACUGGAGAAAAGCCUUAUAGAUGUAAUGAAUGUUGGAAAAGCUUUAGUCAGAGCUCACAUCUUAUUCAACAUCAGAGAACUCAUACUGGAGAGAAGCCCUAUGAAUGUAAAGAGUGUGGUAAAAGCUUCAUUCAGAGCUCACAGCUUAUUCAACAUCAGAGAAUUCAUACUGGAGAGAAACCCUAUGGAUGUAAAGAAUGUGGGAAAGGCUUUAGUUCAAGUUCCCACCUUAUUCAGCAUAGAAGAAUCCAUACUGGAGAAAGACCCUAUGGAUGUGAUGAAUGUGGAAAAGCCUUCAAUCAAAGUUCACACCUUAUUCUACAUCAGAGAACUCACACAGGAGAGAAACCCUAUGAAUGUAUGGAAUGUGGGAAAUGCUUCAGUUGUAGCUCACACCUUGCUCAACAUCAGAGAAUUCAUACUGGAGAAAAACCUUUUGAAUGUAAUGAAUGUGGUAAAGCUUUUUGUCUGAACUCACAACUUAUGCGACAUCAGAGAACUCACACAGUAGGAGAAAAACUCUAUAAAUGUAAUGAAUGUAACAGAGCCUUCAGUCAGAGUUCACACCUUAUUCAGCAUCAGAGAAUCCAUACAGGAGAGAAACUCUAUAGGUGUGUUCAGUGUGGGAAAGCUUUCAGUAGAAGUUCAAACCUUAUUCGGCACCAGACAACCCAUACUAGAGAGAAACCUUUUAAAUGUCAACAGUGUGGAAAAACUUUUAUUCACAGCUCACAAUUCAGUAAGCAUCAGAGAUUUCACACAAAAUAAUUGUCCCUGGAGAAGAACUUGUAAAUGCAAUUGAAGAAAUUCUGUCAAAGGUCUGCUUUUAUUCAACAGGAGAUAAUUCGUAUUAAUCCUUGGCAAGUCACUUGAGCCCCAAUUUCCUUACCUGUAAAGUGGGGCUUGAAUUACUGACCUCACAGAGUUGUGAAGAAAGCACUUUGAAAAUAUUAAAGCACUAUUUCAGUGUACUUUCUAUAGGAAAGAAAGCCUGUGAACAUUAACAGAUGUGGCAGAUCCUUCGGUGUCUGCUCAAGCCUUUAUUCAGUAUUUACAUCAGAAAGUUAGUCAUGAUGUAAUGAAAAAGGGAACACAUCAGUCAGUAUUGGUUAUCUAGGAUUGUAAAAUUAUAAGAUCUUAUAUUUAGAGCUGGAAGACAUAUCAAAGGUCAUCAAGCCUCUCACUUUACAGAAAAGGAAACUGAGACCCAAAGAGAUUAUUUGCCCAGGAUCAUGUGGGUAGCAAAAGACAGAGCUAGGCUUUGAACCCAGAUUUCCUUGACUCAUAAUCCAGCAUUCUUUCUGAUGCAUCAAACAUCCUCAUAGAAUCUUUGAAAUCGAAUGCCUCAGAGCUCUUCUAAUCCAAGUUUUACUGGUGAGGAAACUGAAGCCCACUGAGGUUAAGUGAGUUGCCAGAAGUCACCCAUCUGGUGAGUGGCAGAGCCAGGACUAGGUCUCAGUUCUUUUAAUUUAUAAUAUAGUGUUCUUUCCAUUAUACUGUGUUGCCUCCAAGAAUUUAGAAUUUGUUGAAAUAAAAUCACUAAAUCACCAGCACCCUAGAUAGCCUUACAGGCCGUAGAAAAAAAAAUUUUUGAACAUUCUUUUUUUUUAAUUCAUUUUGUUUUUUCUGCUUUUCAAAGGCUAUUCAUAUUAUUUUUAUUUUGCCCAAGGUCUGAAAUCUCUAGAGAAUAAAGGAAUAAACUAAUGAUGUUUCCCAUGACCACAGUAGCACAGAGGGAAUACUUUUUCUCUUCUGUUACUCUUUAAAGAAAACUAAUUUGUUCUUCCUACUAUUCCCACUUCCCUCAGCAGCAAAUUUUAAAAAUAAUAAGUUCCCAAUACAUAUAUGUAUAUACAUAUACAUCUAUACACAUCUAUAGCUAUGUAUGUGCAUAUAUAAAUGCAUGCACAUUCCAGCAAAAUGAAUUUCCACAUUGGCUGUGUUGUAAAAAUGUUUAUCUCUUUCUUCGUUUUAAGUUAAUCACUCCUUCUGGAAGCAAAUGAGUUACAUGUUUCAUCUUUGUUCUUUUGGAUUCAGUUUAGCAUUGUGUUCAUCAGAGUUCUGAAGUCUUUUAAAAUAGUUUUUCUUUAGUAUUAUCAUUGUAUAGAGUAUUCAGCACCCUCACUUUACAAAUGAAGACACUGAGCCUCAGAGAGACAAUGGGACUUACUCCAAAGUAAAUAUAGGAUCUUAAAUUUAGAGUUGGAAGGGAUCUUAGAGCCCAUCUAGUUCAAUCACUCAUUAUAAAUGAGGAAUUGAAGCCCAGAGAGGUUAACUAUCUUGUCCAAGACUAUGUGUGAUGUAGUCACAAAGAUUUUCCCCAAAAUGUCACGCUGCCUCCUCCAGAGCCAUUUCCACACUAUCCACCGAACUCCUAGAGUUGACCCCACAAGUGAUCCCACAUUCUUUCAUUCAUUCAAGAAAUAUUUAUUAAGAAUCAAUCAAUAUUUAUUAAUUUUUUAAAUUUAA